AAUUGUCUCUACCAGUUUGUCUAGAGGAAUUGUGCCAUAAAAGACAGAUGUACACCAGUGCAAGUUGAUGUCAUGAACUUUCAUAUUACAAAUUUUGAGAAAACAGAUGCCUGUUUAAGAAUUCAUGAAGUUGUAUGGUGCAGUGAAAGUUAACAAUGGAAGGAUUGCUUGCCAAAGAACCACCUACAUCAACUCGAACGUCCAAUCCACCAAGUGAUAGGUUGGACUUUGACAAUGAUGAUGGUGGCAAUGAAGCUGCGAAUCAGUCUCUUGAGCUCAGUGAUGCUCAAGACUCGGACUCAGAUGGAGAACUUGAGGAAGGAGAAAUUCAGUCAGAGGUGGAAACCAAUGAUGAUGACUCCAGGUCUGUUAGUGAGAUCAUAGGUAAAAAAGACAGUGAUAGUAAGACACCCCAUAUACCAAACUUUAACAUAGUUAAGUGCCAACAGUCUUUUAACCAUGACAGUCCCAGUAGUAGUAGCUUGCUGGACUCAAGUACUGACCAGUUUAAAACUGAGUCCCCUGACAUUGUCCCUGAUAGUUUUGACAAGAGUGAGGUUGAGUCUAGUGAUGGUGAAAUAUAUUCUGCCAGUGAGGAUAACCAGGCGUGUGAUGUCAAAGAGCAGUCUGAUGAUUUGUUUGAUAUGGUGUUUGAUUUCAAGUCUUCAGAUAAAGAUCAGAGUACUGCAGAUUCUUUAGAUGAUACUCUCACUGAGGAUAUUGGAGAGGAUGUAGGAAGAAAAAGAAAACACUCUUCAGCAGAGAAUGAUGAAAAAGUGAACAAUGACAGGUGCCCAGCUGCCAAAAAAUCACGAGUAAUAACCCAGGCAGCUGCAGUAGCAGAGGAAAUGGGCUCAGAUGCUGGCAAUCUGAAUGAGAAUGGCUUGACUCAUGAGUUUGAUGUGAUCGAUGAAACUAAUGAAGAUGGGGGAGACAAUUUUGAUCAGGAUGCUGGGGAAUAUGACAGUGAUGAAGAUGACCUGGAUGACAACGAAAUUUAUGCAUGGCUAGAAGAGGGUGUCAGCAAAAAGUCACUCAAGCCUGAGGAUGCAGAAGAGGGACCAUCUCAAAGAGAGAAACUUGUUUUGCAAGAGAAAGGGAGUGAUCCUUUUGACAUGCUACCCGAGGGUUGGGUGCUGGUCACACAUAACAGUGGUAUGCCGGUGUAUCUUCACAAACAGUCCAGAGUGGUGACAUUUUCCAAGCCUUACUUUAUAGGGCCAGGAAGUGUCAGGAAACACAACAUUCCUGUGAGUGGCAUUCCAUGUUUAUACUACAGAAGGGAGAAAGAGAGAGAAGCAAAACAGAAGGCAGGCAAGGAGGCUGCUACCACAAAUACAAAGGAAAUUGUGUGUAAUGGGGAAAGUCAUAACGCAGAGAAUGGUGGAGAGAAGCAGCCUGUUGAUACUUCACAGCCGACACUGGCCAGCCUUCCUGUCAAGAUAGAGUACGCAGAGGAGAGAGAGAAAGAAAACUCCCUAGAGCCUGAAGAAUUGAGAAAAUACUGUGAAUCUCUGUUUGAAUUUAGAAAAAUCACUGUCAAUAAGUUCAAAACAUGGAAGGACAGGAGAAGACAUUUGAACAAUGUUAAAAAACAGUCCCGACCAGCACUACCCUCCAACACCAAACUGAUUACUUGUAAAGUCCCAGCAGAAAAAGGAGACCAUAAACCAAGGAAGAAAGAGUUUGUAUUGAAUCCAACAGGGAAAUCCUAUGUUUGUAUUCUGCAUGAAUAUGCUCAGCAUACACUGAGAGUGCAACCUCGUUAUGUUUUCAAAGAGCUUGAAAAUGCCCAGAAUCCUUACAGUGCUACAAUUAUCAUAAAUGAGAUUGAGUAUGGUACAGGAUUUGCUGGCAGCAAAAGGGCAGCUAAAAUGGAAGCAGCUAAAGCUACGCUGAGUAUCCUGAUUCCAGAAAUGUCCAAGUUAAUAGAGAAACAAGUGGAGGAGGAGGAGGAUCUCUCGUUUUUCGAUGAUAUUAAAAUUGAGGACCCCAGGGUUUACGAGUUGUGCAAUAAAUCAGGUCAACCUAGUCCAUUUCAGAUAUUACUGGAGUGUCUCAAGAGGAAUUAUGGCUUAGGUGAUACACAGUGUAAAAUAGAUGUCAAAACUUUGAAGCACCAGAAGAGUGAAUACACUCUAACUGUCGGAAAACACUCUGUUACGGUUGUGUGUAAAAAUAAAAGAGAAGGCAAGCAGAGUGCUGCUCAAGCUAUGUUAAAGCAACUUCACCCACAUAUCUACAGUCUUGGUGCUCUAUUGAGGUUGUAUGGAAGGUCUUCUUGGAAAAGUGUCAAGGAGAAAAAGAAAGAGGAACAUGCCAUAACUGGAUUGCAGUCCCAAGUCCGCUCAAAGAAACCAAAUGAACCUCUCUUACAAAAGUUAAAGGAAGAAAUGAUGAAAAUUCAAAUACAAAGGGAAUCAGUAAAAACCAAGGGGAAGUUUCGUGUGGAUACAAAGACUCUCUCUGGUGCUGUGACAUGUAUAGACCUUUAGAGUUGUCUGCUCUUGUUCCCAUGUAAGGGACCAAAAAAAAUCCACACUGCACAAUUCUAAUUAUUGUUUUUUUGCUUAUUGUUGAAGCUUGAUAAAUGAUGGACUGUGAUUUUUUGGAUAGAAUUUAUUCCCUUUAGAUUUUUUUCAAAUUAAUUAUGUGUACCUGGUCUUGAUGGACAUAUUUGUGCUGAUAAUUUAUUGGAGCAUUCUAUUUAGUAUUUAUUUCAAUGAUAUUUAAAUAUUGAUUGUCCCGAUCAAAUCAUUUUUGUGAUUUUUUUUUUUCAUGUGUAUUAGUGUGUGAUGUUAAUGGUAAAUGUAGAUACAUGUAUGUGCAUAAAUGAUGAGUAAUCAGUUCCUGUGUGAAAUUAUUAUUUUAUAUACAUAUAUACUUGUAUUUUGGUAUUGGGAUUUUCAGAAUGUGUAAUAGAUAUCUUCCAUUAUAUGAUAGGGAAAAACAUCAUGGGUUUAAGAUUUUGAAAAUGUACAUCCACAUGUAAAUAUAAAUUUCUAUUAUCAAAUCGAAUUUGAAAAUUAACUUCGUAACUCUAUUCUUUUUGUUGACUGUGUAUGUAUGAAGUUUUGUAGCUUUGAUAAAUGUGAUUGUAACAUGGUAUAUACAUGUAAAUCAAGAUAUUCUAAUUAAGUCCAGAUUAUAUAAAUCCAUGACACAGAAAAGGCA